GCACUGAGUUCUAGCUUGGAGCACCAAUUUUGGCUUUCUUUCCUCUUUCCUCUUGAUAUUUCCCCUUCUCUUGGUGGGUUCCAAAAUUACACAGUCCUAAGUUCCUAACCUUAUGACCAUGGAUGUGUGCCAAAAUGUAUCAGUUCCCAGUGAGUGCCAGAAGCAAGAGCAACAACAAGCCCUUGCUACUAAUUGCUCCAUUGAUGACCUCUUCUCUGCUCAGAACAUGGAAGUGGAUAAUGGCUUGGAAUGGCUCUCAGAAUUUGUUGAAGAUUGCUUUUCAACCCCCUCAGGCUGUGUUUUGGUUCCAGCCAGUGUUCAAACUGCAAGCACAAGCUCCAAGUCCAAACCUUUAGGCACCACUGUGCAGAAACCUUUGGAAAGUGAGUCUCCUUUGCAGAAAAAUUCAGUGCCUGGGAAGGCCAGGAGCAAAAGGAAGAGGCUUUCAGCUCCAAGAACCAAAGACCCUUUAAGCAUGUGGUCACACCAUUUGAACCCACAAAAUGAGGCCUUUGGUCCUGACCCUCCUCUGCUCAAACAGGACUAUUGGUUGGCAGAUAGUGAACUUAUUGUCAAGAAGGAAGAGCAAGAGGUGACUACCAAAGAAGAACAAGAAGUGGUGGUGGUGGUGAAGAAGGAGAUUAUUGUGAAGGAGGAAUUUGAAGAUGGUGAGGUUAGCAAUAAUGGUCAAAACCCAAUGCCAAGGAGGUGCACCCAUUGCUUGUCUCAGAGGACCCCACAGUGGAGGGCAGGGCCAUUGGGGCCAAAGACACUAUGCAAUGCAUGUGGAGUGAGGUACAAGUCUGGUAGGUUGCAUCCAGAGUAUAGGCCAGCCAAGAGUCCCACUUUUGUUAGCUUUUUGCACUCCAAUUCCCACAAGAAAGUCAUGGAGAUGAGGAUGGCUCCUCUUUCUUCCAUUCCUAUUAGUAAGCAGUAGUAGUGUUUGGUUACUAUACUUUAAUGUAAAUCAAACUUCAAAAUUUAGGAACAACAAACUAUUUGGAAACAGAGAUACUAUUAAGGGGAGUGAUUAGUUGUAAUGAUCACAGUCCAUGUGAUUAGUGGUAAUGAUCACAGUCCAUGUGCUCAUUUAUAUGGCUAAUAUCCACUUUCCUUUUUAGCAUGUCUGUAUGAGCUUAUCUUUCACCAUAUUUAAUUCUCAAACUCAGAAGCACUCGAAGAAACUUUUCCCCAUAUUUGAUUUUGGCUUCAAA